AUGGGUCCCUGUACGGGUGCCUCCCAUUGCUGCUGUCUCCAUCGCCACACUCAGCCAUGUGCCACUUUCAGGUCUCCUCACACUGCUGGUGGUUUCCAUUUUUGUCAUAGGGUGCUGUAUGGCCUCCCAUUGCUGCUGCCUCCACCGCCAACACACUGUGGCUACACACUCUGGUUUUGGCCCCGUGACUGCCCAAAUGAAGUGAAGUGUGCGGUUGAUUUCUAAGAUCGACGGCACUCAUCUGCAUGUGAUACUGACUGACAGUAUGUAUUUCUCUGUUCAACAGCAGACUCCAAGGCAUUUAAAUUAAAUGGGUACAGUGUUCCUGCACUAAUAUUA